CGUGAAAACAGCUAAAAUCAAUAAAAACAUGAGUGAACUGCCGGGACUGAAGUACUACUAUCUGAAUGAAUUUUAACUUUAGCCGAUAUGUAUGUAAACGGGUCAUGUAGAAGGCUAUGUUUAUAGAGAUAUGAGGUUAUUUACAUGCAAAGUGUGUGUUCUCUGGAUUUCAUAUUUAUAAUAAUAGUAAAAUGUUGGCAGCAAGGAGAAUCAACCCACUGUUUAGAAAUAUAGAGAAAACUGUCAAAAAUUAUGACAGACAUGUAUCAACAGGCUCGUCUCUAUUGAGCAUGGAUGUUGCGAACGAGCCAGAUGUACCAAAGAUGGUUACUGACAUUCCAGGACCAAAGUCCAAACAACUAAUAAAGGAAUUAGCACAGAUACAAAAUGUUGGUGCAGUGCAUUUUUUCUGUGACUAUGAUAACAGCCAUGGCAACUACCUUGCUGACGUAGACGGUAACGUGAUGUUAGAUUUAUAUACGCAGAUAUCAUCUCUACCUCUUGGAUACAAUCAUCCUGCUAUUAUCAAUGCUGUGUCUAAACCUGAAAAUCUGUCAACAUUUGUGAAUCGUCCUGCUCUAGGUGUAUAUCCACCAGCUGACUGGGUAUCAAGGUUACAGAACGCUCUGCUCUCAGUAUGUCCCCCUGGAAUGACAAAAGUACAGACAAUGGCAUGUGGUGCUUGUUCAGUGGAACAUGGUUUAAAAGCUAUCUUUAUAAAGUAUAUGAAUGAUCAGAGAAGCGGGGAAGCACCCAGUAUGGAAGAAAUGGACUCGUGUCGUGUAAAUAAAGCGCCAGGAUCUCCACCCCUCACCAUCCUCUCAUUUGACAACGGUUUCCACGGCAGAACUAUGGGAGCGUUAGCUUGUACUCAUUCUAAAUGGCUCCACAAACUGGAUUUACCACAACCUGAUUGGCCAGUUGUUAGAUUCCCAGACUUGAAAUAUCCACUGGAAUGCAAUACAGCUGAAAACAAGGCUGAAGAAAGCAAAGUGCUGGAAGAGGUUGAAGAUAAGAUAGAAGAGUAUAACAAGAAAGGACUACCAGUUGCUGGUAUAAUAAUAGAACCUGUACAAUGUGAAGGUGGAGACAACUUUGCAUCUAAAGAAUUUUUCCAAGGUCUCAGAGAUAUAACAAACAAGAGAAAAAUAGGAUUCCUUGUAGAUGAAGUACAAACCGGAUGUGGGGUAACAGGGAAGUUUUGGGCACAUGAGCAUUUUAAUCUCACAGAUACUCCCGAUGUUGUAACAUUUAGUAAGAAAAUGUUGACUGGUGGAUUCUAUCAAAAAGAAUCUUUCAUUCCGAAAGAAGGAUAUAGGAUAUUCAACACAUGGGUAGGUGAUCCUGGCAAGAUUGCUUUGUUAGAAGAAGUCGUGAAGGUUAUAAAGGAAGAAAAUCUACUGGACAAUGUUAAAGUAACUGGAAACUAUCUUCUGUCUAACCUGGAACAGAUGCAGACAAAAUACCCCGGAAUAUUGUCAAAAGCAAGGGGACUUGGAACGCUUUGUGCUGUGGAUUUUCCCGAUGCCGCUACUAGAGAUAAAGUUAUUGGAUAUCUUCGUGCAAAAGGUGUUCAUACUGGUGCAUGUGGUGAAGCAACACUCCGAUUCAGACCUACAUUGCUAUUCCAGAAUAAACAUGUUGACCUAUUUAUGGAACGCUUUGAUGACGUUCUCUCUCAAGUCAAGAAAUGAACACAUAUUUUCAUUUAUUUUACACAUUUGAUAAUGGAACAAGAAAUAAUUCUUUCGUUAUUGCCUGUCGAUUAAAAUUGGAAGUGGGUUUUGAAGUAGCGUUGUCCGUCAGUAAUUAAAUAUUUUAAAUAAUCCAUUUUUAAAUUUGUAAAUUAAAAUGUUUUUAAGAAACGUUUAUAUUAUGUCCAUACUUAUAUUCAAGAUUUUAAAAGUUCGUGGCAUUAAUGUGUGUUUUAAUAAGGAAAUGAUUCAAAUGUUAUAUUAUUGAAGUCCGUUUGUGUUAUAUUGAAUUACUUAUAAAAUAGCCGUCUCCCGCUGGGGUCGUUUGUCGUCCAUCACUAUACGCAAUUCCUUCAAAGUGUAUAAGCUACAUAACUGCUAAGAAUACUUCUAAAAUACCUGUAUAAAGGAAAUAUACUAAGAUAUGCUAAUAAUGUUUAAUGGAAAAACACUACUAAAACAUCACCCAUAAUACUGUACAUUUCAUUCUGUUUAUGUGCAAUAUUCAUAUCUGUUAUAUAACAAUGACAUUCUUUGUAACAACUCUUUCGAAAUCAACCAACAACAUAUAUUUAACUGUUUAAAUUUUUACUAAGCUCUUUCAGAAGAUACAAUAUAGCUUUAUACCCAUUAAACAAUAUCUUAUACAUAACUACAUAAUGGUGGAUAUUGACAAAAUUGUACAGCAAUGAUCAAAGCAUGGUCCUCAAUAAUGUUUUACAAAUGGUUCAAGUUUGAUGCAUAAAGAAGGUCACAGGAACGAAAAAUGGACUAAAAUCUCAGAAUUUUCCCAAAUGAUAGAUAUUUAGCAUAAAGCAUAACCACGAGGUUAUAUACAUCAUACUCCAGGGGUCAAGUUUUACUCCUAUUGGGGUUCAUUGUUAAAAUGUGGAAAGCACAUUUAAGUCCUGUUUCGAAUUAGAGUUGAGAUAUUGGUCCAGUUUGACUUUUACCAAAGAUACAUUCUUAUAUAAUCCUAUACUCUUUUCAAAUCUGAAGUGAAGGUGCAUACAAUAUAACGUAGUGUCCAUGACCCCACCAUCCCCUGGGAUUUGGCUAGAAUGUGGUACGACUUUGAGAUUUCGAUAUCAAAUUUCUCUUUCAUCAAAAAUCGCCCAGAAACAAUAAAAUGUAAAAAGUAAUAAAAUCACACAUCGAGUAUCAAUUUCACAUGUUUAUAAAUCUAUAAUCAAAUAAAUUAAUGUAAGUUGUUUUGAUUCUUGUAUAUAAAUGAUGAAAUACGAAAUGUAAAUGAU